UGACUUUCCAAUCUUAUCUUUCUGAAAAUUCUGCAUAGCCGUCUUGACUAACCAGGUCCUACCGAUUCAAUACAGUGACGCACAUGGAUCCACCAAUUUCUAUAUAAUUGUAUUAUAUAUUUUAGUGACAGUCACAUCUAACAAAAGAGCUAAAGAGAUGGGGGAAGGGGCGAUGGACGAUUAUGAAGUAGUGAUAAUUGGAGCGGGGAUCUGUGGAUUAGCGACUGCCGUCGCUCUUCAGAAGAAAGGAAUUAAAAGCGUAGUGAUGGAGAGAUCGGAAGCUCUGAGGAAUUUCACCGGUGCAGCUAUCGGAAUCCGCCAAAAUGGUUGGCGAGCUUUGGAUCAGCUUGGCGUCGCCGACGUCCUCCGUCGCACUGCUAUCAAUAUUAAAAGAGAACGGAUUGUAGGGCUCGAUGGGGGAAAGCAACAAGAAAUGCCGAUGAAAGGCGAAACUCGUUGCUUGAGAAGGAAAGAUCUUAUAGACACUCUCUAUGCUGCACUUCCUCCGACCUCUGUCAAGUUUGGAUGCGAACUUGAAUCUAUAAAAUUGGACCCGAAUACUACAAAACCAGUUCUUCGAUUCAUCGAUGGGAGCUCCAUUACCCCCAAGGUUGUAAUUGGUUGUGAAGGAGGCAAGUCAAUCGUUGCCAAUUUCCUUAACAUCAAGCCUACGAAGAUGUUUCCCUUAUGUGGAGUUAGAGGUUUAUCAAACUAUCCCAAUGGUCAUCUAUUCGACCAAGAGUUUGCUCGUUUCAGGAAAGAUAAGAAUCUUGUGGGAAGAAUUCCAAUGGACAAUAACUUAGUCUACUGGUUUUGUGCGCACCCUUACUUUCCUAAAGAUGACAGAAUUUGGGAAGAUCCAGAGGCAAUACAGCAAUCAACCCUAGCAUUGCUAAGUGAUUAUCCCCAAGAAGUUAAAGAAAUGAUAGAAAUUGCGGAUGCAAAUUCGUUGUCUUUUACACAUUUAAGAUAUCGUGCACCAUGGGACUUGCUAAGGGGGACGUUUUGUAAAGGAAGAGUGACAGUUGCUGGGGACGCUAUGCAUGUGAUGGGUCCGUUUCUAGGGCAAGGUGGUUCAGCAGGUUUAGAAGAUGCGGUGGUGUUGGCUAGGAACUUGGCUGAAAAGGGUUUGGACAAUGUGGAAGAAGCGUUUAAUCUGUAUGUAAAAGAACGAAAAAUGAGGGUGGUUCGAUUAUCGUUGCAGACUUAUUUCACGGGUAUGCUAUUGGGAGCUUCUUCGCGUCUAAAGCAGUUUAUGUAUGUUGUGUUAUUGUCUCUUCUCUUUCGCAACUCGAGUGGCCAUGUUGAUUAUGAUUGUGGUAGUCUUUGAUGCGUUUAGAGAUCUUUAGACUCGGAUGUUACUAGUGAUUUUGUAUAAUCAAAUAAAGAAUCAAUCAUA